UAUUGCGAAAACUUGGCUUAAAUUAAUCAAAUGUACAUACAUAAGUAUUUAACGAACUAUGAAUGAAAUUGCCGAGUUGUCUCGCGAACGGCCAACGAAUGGCAGCAGCUGAUGGCUGGCUAGCUGGCAAGUUGAACUGGCUGUUGUCGCAGCGUUUGAAUGAAUGAACCAGGAAUGCAAGCACUGAAUAUCGACUGGUUUCUGUUACUUCAUACAUACAUAUUUGGCUGGGUGUUAACACAUGAAUUUUCAUAAUACUCCAACGAAAACUAAAGUAAACUUAUCACUACAGUUUUAAACCCGCACGCUCACAAAGGCAUGAAGACCCAAUUUUAAAGCCGAUAAUUAAAUUAGAGAAGAGAGGAAAAAUCGUUGAGAACAUUGAACGACCCGACCAACAAGGCAAACGGUGGUAGGGGAACACGUGCGCCACAACAACUACACAGCUAUAGCUCUAGCAACUACUGCGACUGCUGCUGUUGGCGCUGCUAGUGCUAUUAGUACGAGAAGAAGGGUGACCGAUUUUACUUAUUGGAAUUGAGUGUGAACUUGAUGGAAAUGUUUUUGGUUUGAUUUGAGAAUUGAAAAAAAAAGAAAACUAAGACAAACCAAGUAGAAAGAAAGAACUUGAACAGAUAGAGAAUUAGCUACCGAAAAGCAAUUAAGCUGCUGCCGCAUGGAAAAAAAUACCAGACAGGAAAAAAGCAACAAUAACAACAUCAACAUGAAAACGAAUCAAACUACUUUUGUGUGUUAAAAGCAAAAUGUAGUGCCUUUGGAGUGUAAAACUGCUGUGGAUAUUUUAUUUUUAUUUUUUUUAUUGUGUAUGUAACAUUAAUGUAACAUACCCGUGUAACCCAUACGACCGAAAAUAAAUAGUUAUUAAUUAUAUACAGUAAAUAAGUAUAACAUAAUGUCGUUCAUAAAUAAUCUUAAGAAGGUGUUCCACCUUGGCGGUGGCGAGGCGAAGAAGAAACGUCUUUAUAAUAACAUCAAAAUGGACACUGAUCCAACGGAGUUUUGGGAGAUGGUAGGUGAGUUGGGUGAUGGCGCUUUUGGCAAGGUGUAUAAGGCGCAACACAAGGAACAAAAACGCUUUGCAGCGGCAAAGUUGUGCACUCUAGAAGAUGAGGAGAAUCUAAGCGAUCAUAUGGUUGAAAUUGAUAUCUUAUCAGAGAUAAAACAUCCAAAUAUAGUGGAAUUAUACGAAGCAUUCUCAAUAGAAGAUAAGCUGUGGAUGUUAAUUGAGUAUUGCGAUGGCGGAGCAUUAGACAGCAUUAUGGUGGAAUUGGAGAAGCCGUUAACUGAACCACAAAUAGCCUACGUGUGCCGACACAUGACUGAAGGUCUUAAUUUUCUGCAUAAAAAUAAAGUAAUACAUCGUGAUUUAAAGGCUGGUAAUGUUUUGCUAACCAUGGAGGGCGGUGUUAAGUUAGCUGAUUUCGGCGUAUCGGCUAAAAAUAAGCAUACUCUCCAAAAGCAUGACACUUUCAUAGGCACACCCUAUUGGAUGGCACCGGAGCUAGUGCUUUGUGAAACAUUUCGAGAUAAUCCUUAUGACUUAAAAGUGGAUAUCUGGUCAUUGGGCAUAACAUUAAUUGAGUUAGCGCAAAUGGAACCACCAAAUAGUGAAAUGUCACCGAUGCGUGUUUUAUUGAAAAUACAAAAGAGUGAACCGCCAACACUGGAUCAGCCAUCAAAAUGGAGUAAAGAAUUCGUUGAGUUUCUCAAAAAAUCAUUGGUCAAAGAUCCACAACAACGUCCCGCUACAGAUAUUUUAUUACAACAUAGAUUCAUAAAUUGUGAAUUAGACGCUAAACCCAUAAAAGACUUAUUAUUAGAAUAUAAAGCUGAAGUUGUUGAAGAAGUUGUCGAUGAUGAUGCUGAGGAACCCCGCAACUCGGCGCUCCGGCUCGACCUGGACGAUGACUCUGCCUCUUUGCAGAGCCAAGAUAUUGACAAACUUCCAGGUACCCCAACAUCAGUAUCUAUGGACUCUAAAGAACCAAAUCAAACAAAUAGUAUACCACAAAGUAAACUAUCACAACCGCAACAACCACAACAAGUUGGAGCUAAAGAAAAUAAAGAAAACGCUUCACCUGUUUUGCAAAAAAGUCUUGAAAAUAAUCAAAUAUCAAAAUCUUCUAAAGCGACAGCAAAGGAAGAUGAACAAAAAAUUAGCGUUAAUAAUACGCCAAAGGAUAAUAAUACGAGUAACAACAACAAGCCGCUUUCUGCCAGUGCCGUGGUUAGUAAGCAGCAAGCCGUUGUUGCUAACGAAGCUGAUAAUAGUCUUCCGGAGAAAGGCGUUGAUGCUGAGAGGAAGAUUACCAAAAAAGAGAAGGGUAAGGCACCACCCCCACCAUCUGCAGCCAUUGCUGCUGCUGCUGCUGCCGCUGCCGCCAGCGCUGUUAUUUCCAAAACGCCAGAAGCACCACCAGCACCAGCAGCAAAUGCACGCACAGAACCGGAACGCCGCAUCACAGAUGAAGCGACGCCCAUUGAGCUGACUCAAAAUGUGGAAAUCGAUGUCAAUCAAGCGACGUCAGAGGCAUACAACGCUAACGAGCAUCAAGAGCAAGCGCAUGCCUUGCCAUCACCACCAUCGCCAACCACAUCAUCAGCUGCGGUAUCGGUUAAUUCCACUUCGUCGUCAUCGGUUAAGAGUGGGGCCAUGUUAAGCUCCAGCACAUCGCUAAUUACCAUUAAUAGCGAGGCUUCGCCAUCGAGCACACCCACGCGUUCCUUUGGCAAUCAGGCACAGCAACAAAGUGUGGUACAGCCAAAUAGCUUGGAAGCUGGCGUUAGUCAAAUAAGGGUGGUCACCAGCACGCACCCACCAGUUAUCAUAGACAAUUCUGUGCCGCCUGCUGCUGCUCAGAGUGAAGUGAUUAUCGUUUCAAAUGAUUUGAAUAAAAGCACACACGUGCCAGAAUCCUCGACAGAUGAUGACUUCACUUCGUUCGAUGACAGUCUGGGCGAUUCACCGCUAUCGCCACGACAAUCAUCGAUGAUAGUGGCAGUUUGCGAGAAAGGCAGCGUUGAAGAGACGGACAAGGCUGACAUUAUGGGCAAGUCGGCGCGCGCACGCAAAUUGGAUGAAAGUGAAGUGCUUAUUGUUAGCCCAUCUUUCGUUGACGACGACUCGGCCUAUAAUACAGCCACUGGCAGUCACGAUCACAGCGAACAUCUAAUGGACACCAGUCACGUUUCGGUUGUCACUGUCGGCGAUGAGAUAAAAGUCAAGGAUAGCAGUCACUUAAAUAACGAUCAAUAUGAUACAACACUUAGCAACGAUAACAACAAUCUAAAUAACCAACGACCAUAUGUUAAGAAUCACCAAAAUGGCCAAAUAAUUACAGGCACACCCACAGAAGAUGUAAAUAUUAUUAUUAACCGUAAUACGCCACAAGACAUUAGUGCCGGCAAGCGGCCGUCACCGGACAAUAGCGUAGGCUCCAUGGAUUCACGUACACUGAGCGAAAGCGGUUCGCUACGCUCGAGUGGCGGUGUCGUACGACGGGCCGUCGGCUUGAAUAUUGCAACGGUAGAUCAAAGUGACGUGGAAAGUAUCGGCACCACAACUAGUCAUGAUAGUCGUAAUGAGGCGGAGGCUCCCAUAAUGGGUACGAAAAUACCCGAGGACGAGGAGGUGGUCAUACGACGAAAACAAGGAGCGCCAAAGAUAGUUGCACCAGCCGGGCCGACUAAAGAAGAAAUCGAAUUACGUAAUCUACGUAAGAAGACACGAAAACGUACACGAAAAUUCGAAAUCGACGGUGUACAAAUGACGACCACCACAAGCCGUGUCAUCUACGGUGAUGAGGAGUCUGGUCGACUCUACGACGAUCAUGUGUUCCGUAAGCAGGAACUGCGUGAAUUGAAAAUGUUGCAAAAACAAGAGAAGAAACAACAAAACGAUUUGCAAUUGAAGGAGCAAAUUGCGCGUGAACAGCAGGAUCGUCGGUUCGAACAAGAACGUAUAUCGUUGGAAAAGACUUACGAAGCUGAUAUGGAUACUUUGGCAAGGCAACAGAAGCAAUUAAUUGAGCGGACCGAGCAGGCGCAGGAGCAUGAGUUGCGUACAUCCUCCAAACGCAUACGUUCCGAACAAGAACAGGAACUGAAAAUCUUCCGUGAGAAUCUUAAACAAGAAAUCCGUUUGCUUAAACAGGAAGUUGACUUACUGCCCAAAGAUAAACGUAAAGAUGAAUUCAAGCAACGUCGUUCCGCCAUGGAACUAGAUCAUGAGGAGAAGGAACGCGCCUUCUUGGAUUCGCUUAAGGAACGCCAUGAAUUGCUCUUGCGGCGAUUAAGCGAAAAACAUCGCGAUCAUCUUGCCACAAUUAAUCGCAAUUUCCUACAACAAAAACAAAAUGCCAUGCGUACACGCGAAGCGUUACUUUGGGAGUUGGAAGAGAAGCAGUUGCACGAACGCCAUCAAUUGGCUAAACGACACGUCAAGGAGCUAUGCUUCAUGCAACGCCAUCAAAUGAUUGUGCGGCACGAGAAAGAGUUGGAUCAGGUGAAGAAGAUGUUGCAACGCAAAGAGGAGGAUAUGAUCAAGAAACAGGCGUUGGAGAAACGUGCACUGCCCAAGCGUAUACGUGCCGAACGUAAAGCGCGCGAUUUGAUGUUCCGUGAGUCAUUGCGCAUAUCAACAAAUCUAGAUCCGGAAGUUGAAAGAGAACGUCUAAAGAAGUUCCAAGAGCAAGAGAAGAAACGUUACACCCAGGAAGAGCGCCGAUUUGAAAUUAAACAUCAGAAACAAUUGGAAGAGCUACGCGCUACACGCGAGGGGGCGAUAAGAGAACUUGAACAACUGCAGAAUGAGAAACGUAAGGCAUUGGUCGAGCACGAACAAGCCAAGCUUACGGAUAUCGAUGAGCGCUUGAAGGCUGAGUUGCGUGACUGGAAGGAGCAAUUAGUACCUAGAAAGCAGAAACUAAUCGAUACGCUCAAUAAAUCGUCUGAACGUUUUGAACAAAAACACGGUGCCAUACCCGAUCGUGUGCCAUACACCACGAAAGAUAUUGAAGUGCCAUCGCACCUGCGUGGCUUCUUCAACGAUGCGCCACGUUCACUGCCGCGCGGUCUCUUCCUCGGCGACAAUCAAAUGUUGCGUUCAUCACGCACCUACUUUUCGCUCACCGCCGAUCAGCGUGCUAAAUUCACCGGCUCCACGCCCGAUCUGAGUCGCAGUGUGCCCACCACGCCGAUAUUCCGCAAAUUUGCGCAACCGAAAAUGCGUAGCGACAGUUUAGCGCUGGAUAGAGCACCCAAAUUGCGUGAGGAACGUUUCGACGAAGAUAUUGUUGAGUUGAGGCAAGCGCACGGUCUGCUAACGCCACGUUUCACCAACGUCGCAGCAGCGCCAACUUCAAGGCACGACAUGAUCGCUGAGUUGCCGCCCAUAGAAGAUGCCGGUCAGAUGAAGGAAAUUAGUGUGCAAACACCUACAAUGGGUGCUAGUCGACAAGUGGAGACGACGCCACGACCUGCUAUGACCAGCUUCCGUAGCACAAUGCCCGCACCGCCGCCGCCUGCACAGAGUCGGAAUUAUGCAAUGUCGAGUGAAGCGUUGAAUGUACGAAACUCCAGCUACGAUGCUGAUUUGGUAAGCAAUCGUUUUCAGAGCAGAGAAAAUGCAAAAUUUCUUACGCCAGCAGCAGCAACUACAACAACAGGGAUGAGCGCAAAUGCUACAGCGAGCAAUAACACUACCGCCGCGGAAGCGGAAUUGCGUCAGCAAGCGCAAAAUCUUCUAUACUCCUCAUCGUUUGCCAUUAAACGGCCCUCACUUUAUGGCAGCGGUCGCUCUUCGCUCGGCAGUUCACAAUCACUCUAUGACAUUUAUGAGAGCAACACACAUUUCCGCAACGAGCCACACACCAGCACCGCUGCGGAUAUGCGCUUAUCGACGCAUAAAGCUAGCGCGCUCCUGGACAGCAUUGAUCCCUCUUUGCGCGCCUCCAUUAAAUUGGGCAGUGUGCAGGAGGUGAAUAGUGUGGUGGAUAGUGAGGUGAAAUAUACGAUACCACGCGUUGGAACAAUUGAACGGAAAUCGAAAUCGAAGAAAAGUGUAAACAGUUCUUUGGAGGAGGACUCAGUGGCUUAGUGUUGGCGGCAAAUUUGAGAGGAAAGCAAGAAAAGGAAUUCGAAAGGCAAACAAAUUAAAUGUAUUAAAGCGACGGCCUGUGCAAUGAGGAAAAAAAAAUAAUGCAAAUGAAAAUCAUAUUUGUACACAUACAUACAUAUGUAAAAUCUAACUUAAGGCCACUUAAUGUGCAAAUCAAAUCAAAACAAAAACAAAAAGAAGGAAAAAUACUACUUUGUCCAUGCAUUUGCAUAUACUCGUACAUACAAACAUUCAUGCUUUAAAUAAUUGCUUAAUGAAACAUAUGCAAGUGAUGCUCUUCAUUUGUUCAUUUGUUGUUGGCACUAACACACUAACACUCUAACCACUUACAAACUAACAUUCUUAAUUUAUUGCGUUUAUUGCGUUUAUUUAUUGUUGUAAUCACUCGUUUAUAUCGAUCACUCUACGACACUCUCUUUUGUGUAUUACAUUCCAUUGAGUUAUGGUUGGCUGUGUGUGUAACUUAAAAAGCCAUAUUUUCUUCUACAUUUUGAAAAACCAAUAAAAGUCAUUCGGAAAAAAAAAACAUUCCUAUGCGAGAUUGAUCUACUUAGAGUGUAAAAAUUCUUAAAAAUUAAUUUUUUUUUACUGGAGAAUACAUGCAUUGUCUCAACGCCUAAAGCUAUGCAACAAAAACCGCGGGGUUUCGAUCGUCCCCUUGGUUUUCUGAUCUAUGUGUAGGAGUCUUAAAAAGUGUUUAGAAUAGAUUUAUUUACAGUAAUUAUAAAACUUUACACUUUGAACGCCUGAAAGUAUGCAACACUUAGAUGUUAUAAUCUCAAGCCCUCCAAAAUUAUGCAAUCAGCUUUGGGUCCUGUGUAAGCAGCGCUCAGAAGCAUUAGUAUUUUCAUUUUUAACAGUAAUAAAGUAUUAUACACAUUAAAUGUUUUAAAAGCAGCUACAAUGAAGUGUUAAAAUCUUAAACCCUCCAAAGUUAUGCAACCAAAGACGUUAUUCAGCAUUAAGUCAUGUGUAAGCAGGGCAUUUCGUAACAAUAAUGAAGCAUUUUGCACUUCAAAUGCCUGAAAGUAUGCAACGCUUAAGUGUUAUAAGUUUGAAAUGCCGCAAGUUAUGCAACAAAAACUGUCUGUUUCGUAAAAAGCACUUAGAAACAUUUGAAAUGGCGUUUAUAACAAUAAUGAGCUCUUGUGCACAUUAAACGCCCAAAGGUAUGCAACGUUUAAGUGUUGAAAGCUCAAGGAACCUAACAUACGUGUAUUACAGCCAGAGUAGUUAUUCUACCCUGAUUCCUUGUGUCACAUGUAAGAAGCUUAUUUCAAUUAACGCUUUAUAAAUAUUAAAGUAUACAAUGCACAUACAAAUUUGAAGUAAAUUCAACGUAAAAUCUCUUUUGCAUAUUUUCAACUAGAACUCAGCUGCAUUAAUAAAUUAAAUUAAACACGCCCAAAAGUAUGCAUCAUGUGUAUUUUGAUCAGUUUUUAAAAGCCUUAUGGCUUUGUUUUUCGUCUUCGCCGAAAAGCUCCAAAGACAGUGAGAAAUAUUUGUCUAUUGAAACAGUGUUUUUAGUUUCUAACGCCUGAACGUAUGCCUUAAGUAAUGUAAAUCAUAUUUCUUGCAUACUUUUAGGUAUAAUGUAGUUUCACGUGUGUUUUUAAUGAAUUAGAUUUCGCAUGGUAAUAAGCGCUAGAACAUUAUUUCACUAAUUCAUUCGCGGUAGAGAAUAUUAUAGUGUUUUUGGACACAAAAUGCUUAGAAAAAGUGGUUGUAAGAAUAGUUGAAAUAUUCUUCCGAUUUAUAUUGCUGCAGUGUAGUCUUUUUCUAAUGAAAAAAAUUAAAAAAAAAUAGUAUAAA